CGCUUGUGCCUGGCGAGACAUGAUAAUGAAGGCGGUGUGUGUGUUGAAGGGUGAUGGCACAGUGCAGGGCACCAUCCACUUUGAGCAGCAGGGAAAUGGACCAGUUAUGGUAAAGGGACACAUCACAGGACUGGCUGAAGGUGAUCACGGAUUCCAUGCCCAUCAGUUUGGAGAUAAUACACAAGGCUGUACCAGUGCAGGUCCUCACUUUAAUCCUCAAUCCAAAAAACAUGGUGGGCCAAAUGAUGAAGAGAGGCAUGUUGGAGAUCUGGGCAAUGUGACUGCCGGCAAAAAUGGUGAGGCCAUUGUGUCUAUUGAAGAUUCUAUGAUCUCACUCUCAGGAGAAUAUUCCAUCAUUGGCCGCACAAUGGUGGUCCACGAAAAACCAGAUGACUUGGGCAAAGGUGGAAAUGAAGAAAGUACAAAGACGGGAAAUGCUGGAGGUCAAUUGGCUUGUGGUGUAAUUGGGAUCGCCCAGUAAAGAUUACCAAGGAUGAGGUCUGAGUCCUAGUAACUCAUUUGUUAUCCUGCUAGUUGUAGAAAUGUAACUUGAUAAAAAUUAAACACUGUAAUCUUAAAAAAAAA